CUACAAAACCCCCAAUGAAUGAGCUCUCAUAAAGAAGGCCUACAGACUGUCUACUUGACUGUGCUUUUCUUCGGAGUAACAGGGAAUAUGUUCCUUCUUUAUCUACACAGCCUCAAGUUCAUCACUGGUCACAGGAAAAGAUUCAUAAGCCUGAUCAUCAUCAAUUUGGCCUUUGCCCAUAUAUUGAUGAUUCUUUUUAGGGGCACUGCCACCAUAAUAACCAAUUGGGGAUGGAGAUCUUUCCUAGAUGACACAAUGGGUAAAAUCUUCAAUUACUUCAUAAGAGUGACCCGGGGCCUUUCUCUUUCCAGUACCUGUCUCCUAAGUGUCUUCCAGGCCAUCAUCAUCAGUCCCAGCAGCCUUAAGUGGGCAGAGGUUAAAACAACAGCCCAAAAGUACAUUCCUUCCUGCUGCGUCCUGACCAGGGUUUUCAAUCUUCUUCUUGAUAUUGUUGCGCCUAUGAAUUACAGCCAUCCAAAAAACAGCAGUAAUGAAAGAUGGAGGAUUGGGCAUAUUUCUUUUGACUUGCAAGCCAUUAGUGUUAUAAAAAUUUUAAUUUGUGAGUCAGUUGUUGAUGCUCUGUUUGUGGGUCUCAUGAUCUGCUCCAGUGGCUAUAUGGUGUUUGUCCUGCACAGACACAAUCAGCAAGUCCAACACAUUCACAGCACGAGCCUCUCCCCCAGAGCCUCCCCUGAGACCAGAGCCACCAAAGCCAUCCUGACACUGGUGAUCACCUUUGUCUGCUUUAACUCAGUCAGUUCCCCUUUCAUCAUUUAUGUAGCUUCUGCUAGAGAAACCAGACACUGGGGGUUACAUUUGACUGUCUCACUUUCCAUGUUUUAUCCAAUAGUCAGUCCUUUCAUGUUGAUCACCAUUGACACCAAGAAGCCCAAGUCUUUUGCUACUCUCUUAAGUUUGAAGGGUGCCUUUCAGGAAGGACUCCCUAGUUAA